UGUCAGCCAUCGCUGCUCGUUCCCGACACCAAACGACGUAGCCGCGGCGCAGCGCAGCGGUGUCCAUGAUCAUGUUCUUCUCGUCCCCCUCGGACGUAAAAAACAACGGACACCGACGUUUUUUUCCUUACUGUCAUAUUAUUUUGAUUCCUCGGGGAGUUUCGGGCCACGAAAGUGGGGGAAUAACAACUUUUUUUGCUCGUCGUUUUCACCACGUUACGGAUCAUUCGUGUGCAAUCAUCAUGGGCUCCGGUGAUUCCACCCUCUCUAAAAUCCCAAACGUGGAGGAACUGAUGGAAGAAACUGGAUUCAGCCCCGCACACGUGGUCCGCCUGUACGAGCGCUUCCAGGCUUUGGACAAGAGCAAGAAAGGUCAACUGAGUCGAAAGGAUUUCGAAUCCAUCAAAGAGUUGGCCACGAACCCUAUUCGAGAUCGGAUCAUUGGAGCAUUCUUCGCUCAAGGGCAGGAAAUGGUGGAUUUCCACACUUUUGUGAGGAUCCUGGCCCACUUUCGGCCCGUGGAUAAGAACCGUCCGAAGAAGGCCAACAUGCAAGAGCCCGUCAAUAGCCGGACCAGCAAGCUCCGUUUUGCCUUUCAGCUGUACGACCAGGAUAACGAUGGCAAGAUCUCAAGAAAUGAACUUCUACAAGUGUUGCGCACCAUGCUGGAAAUGCAGGUGACGGAUGAACAGUUAGAGAGCAUUGCCGACCGCACCAUUCAAGAGGCGGACCUGGAUGGGGACAACGCCAUCUCCUUCGAUGAGUUCCGGAAGUCCUUGGAAAAGGUGAACAUUGACCACAAAAUGAGCAUUCGUUUUCUACGCUGAUGUAGAUAUGGAGAACGCCUGGGUGGACGUCUGUACUCGGCUCACCAGUCCCCUCCUGCUGCCUUGACCAUCGUCCUUUGACUGGAAUACAUUUGAACUUGUACUGAUUUUUGUAGGAUAUUUCUGAAAGUAUUACACUACACACUGCGUGUUAUACUUCAGAUAUAGUAAUUGGUGGUGCUGCUUACUAUAUUUCUAUAUUUACUACAUUUUGCAAAUUUUAACUGAGCUUUAAAAUAAUGUGCCCAGGACUGUCAACAUGAACACGAAGGUCCAGUGCUUGAAAAGUAUUAUUUAUUAGUAAAAUUAUCUGUUGCUAAGUAGUGUCAAGAGUUCAUGCGGGUGGUUUGGUUUCAACUGGCACUGAUUGCUGCUAACCAAUAAAAGUUGUGAUAACAUUUCUGAUAAAUUUGGCAAUGCAUAAUUUCUCAUUUGGUCUUUCUGUAUGCCAGUAUUAUACCAAUUUUUUGUUGGCAUAUUGUAGCAGAGAGAAAAUUAAUUCAAUUUGAACGUGUCAGUGCUGCAUAAGUAACAGAAACUAAAGAAUAAAAAUGAUGUAAUGCAAAAAAAAGACAAUACAUAAAAGG